AUGAGCGACAGCAGUGGCAAUGACGUGGAGACUAGAACUGCUAUUGCCAGCAUGGCUCUCGCCAUUGUCGCUCUAGCUGUUUCUCUCGUCGCACUGGUGGGAACGCUGGGCCAGCUCUGUCAGCAAUAUCUCGCAACCGCCGUGGGAUACUCUAACUGCGGCGAACGGGUCAUGGGGCCAUGGGCCAAGUACACCAAGCUACGAUUCCGUCCGUGGGAGCUCCGAUUUGAGGUCGUUUUUGAAGCUCCCGUUUUUUUCCUCUGUCAACCGACAAACAGAAUGGGUCCAGUGAAGGGGGCACCGAUUUAUUUUAUGGACGGUCGCAUAUCUGAUGAGAAAUUCGCUCCUGGCUCCAAAGAAAAGGGUAUCCUAGGGCAGUAUGGCGGUGCUUCUGCCUCUUGGCUCCUUCUUUUUUCUCUUAUCUUGUGGGCGAAACCAGCACAGAACGCUCAGAAUGGGAAAAGUGGUGUUGUUGGUUGGAAGAACUAA